AAGGAGAAAGAGAGAGAGAGAGAGAGAGGCUGACAAACUGACUACAGCUACCUGCUGGAAGCGAACGCACUGACUGGGAGGAGGAUCGGAUAUUGAAACACGCACUAUCAACCGAGCAACAAGACAAUACAAACAGCUGCAACAAAACCCGCAAUUAGAGAAGAGUUGUGUGUGUUUUCCAGACGGCAAAGAGGACUAAUAAUCAUCAUUACCAUUGACCCAACGCCAUCAGAAAACCCAGGAGUGAAUAUAUAGCCAUGUAUUUGAAUAGAGAAGAGAACAAUAGCAAAGCAGGCUCCCUGUCCCUCAGUGUGCUCCUGGUGUCUCUAGCAGUCACAGUGUGUACUGUCUGGCUGGUGGCUCUGUGUGGCGUCUGUGGCUGGUGUCAACGCAAGCUGGGGAAGAGGAAUAAGCCAGGACUGGAGGCGGCUGGUACUUCAGAGGCGGGUCGUGGGCGAGGAGGAGAGAAAAAAGCCAUCAAGUAGGUCUCUACCUGUAGGUUGCAUAGGAACACCUGGGUAGUGGGGCCAAUGAAUAGCCACAACAUGCACUAGCUUACCAUUCAGUAGGGUUCAAUCCUGAAUUCUCCACAUGAACACUAUGGUAAAACUGACAGCUGGUAACUGGUAUUAGCACUGGUAACAGGUAACUGGUAUUA